AUGUCCCACAGCGGGGAGAAGAGCGUCUCACAGGCCAUGUCCCACAGCGGGGAGAAGAGCGUCUCACAGGCCAUGUCCCACAGCGGGGAGAAGAGCGUCUCACAGGCCAUGUCCCACAGCGGGGAGAAGAGCGUCUCACAGGCCAUGUCCCACAGCGGGGAGAAGAGCGUCUCACAGGCCAUGUCCCACAGCGGGGAGCAGAGCAAGUCACAGGCCAUGUCCCACUCACAGGCCAUGUCCCACAGCGGGGAGCAGAGCAAGUCACAGGCCAUGUCCAAGUCACAGGCCAUGUCCCACAGCGGGGAGCAGAGCAAGUCACAGGCCAUGUCCCACAGCGGGGAGCAGAGC